AUGGACACGCAGGACAUUGAGCACGAGGCUCCGCCGUCGGACGUCUUCAUGGCGCCCUCCAUCUACAAGUCCGACAUCCUCGCCGGGAAAUCAUACUCCCAUUUCUCUCCGAUUCCGUCGCAGAUCUCGGACGACAUGUCGACAGAGUGCGUGCUAGGUGUCGAUGAAGCCGGCAGAGGUCCGGUGCUAGGUCCGAUGGUCUAUGCGCUCUUCUACCUGCCUCUCGAGCUGCAACAAUCGCUGCUCGCGGAAAUGCACCAUUUCGACGAUUCAAAAGUCCUGACGCGCGAAGUCCGCUCAGACCUGAUGCGCAAGCUCUGCACGACAGACUCAGACCUGCACAAGGCAUGUGGUUGGGCUACGCGGCUCCUCUCUGCUCAAGAUAUCUCUGCGCAUAUGCUGGCACCGGCGCAGUACAAUCUCAACGCUCAGGCGAUGGAUGCAACAAUUCCGCUUAUCAAAGACGUCAUGGCGAAAGGUGUCAAUGUCAAGGAGAUAUACAUCGAUACCAUCGGCAGACCAGAGGUCUACCAGAAGAAGCUCGAAAGGAUCUGGCCUACGGUCCGAAUAACUGUCGCCAAGAAGGCCGACAGUCUAUAUCCCGUUGUGAGUGCUGCAUCGGUGUGCGCCAAAGUCUCCAGGGAUGCAGCGCUCGAGGUGUGUUACGAACCGUACCAAGCGUCCGCGGCCAACGAAGAUGACGAUACGGAAGGAAGCAAAGAAGAUAUUGUCUGGGGAUCGGGUUAUCCUUCUGAUGUCCGGACUUCUACGUGGCUGAAGCAGAAUAUGGAUCCCGUUUUUGGCUGGGGCAACGAGUGUCGCUUUUCCUGGGGAACGGCGAAAGAAUUGCUUGAAGGCAAAACCGCCGAUGUCAAGGUCGACUGGCCGGUCGGCGACGACGACGAUGGGAAUAUGCGCAUGUCAGAUUUCUUCGCUUCCAAGAACGAGGCCAGCGGCGACGAGCUCGUUGAUUGGUUUGGCAAACGUGUCACGGAAGAGAUGGAAGUCUUCUGA